AUGACUUCGGGUUUAGAACCCCCGCCUAUGACCCAUUCCGCUGCCUACUAUGACCGGAGAGACAGCCCUAGAUCUCCUCAUCUACACCAUCAAUACCCUCCGAGUCCAUCACUCACACGCCCUCUACCGGCACACUUCGUCCCAACCAACAAAGUCCCCAUUUCUGCGCGCCGGAUAGAUCCCAAUCGAGCACAGAGUUCGGUGUCAAGCGGAGAGUCGGGUUCAACAGUUGCUUCGGAUUUCAAGCCAUAUCUGAACAAACAAACGUACCACUACGGUUCGCAGGCGGAGAGGGGCUUCGUGGGUGAAGAUGGUGGCCGACAGUCAUAUCUUAGUUCACCAGCACCUACGGACCCUCCCUUUGCCAGCCAUGGACAGUCGGAGAUGAUAGAAGACCAGUCGGCCGUGUUUCGCUAUAUACAACAACAACAGGCCGAUGACGAGGCAGACAAGGAUGAUGAUCAUGCAAUAUGGAUAUUGCUAUGGAUGUCCUUCUUGGACCCUUUCUACUGCUUCUUCAGCGCCAUUUUCUCAAUAUUCUCCGUCUUCGUCAUCAUCUUAUUACUUCCUUUACGAAUAUGCAGAAGGGAAUCAUCUUCCAGCACCAUUCUGAUACGGAUGGUUGGUCCAGUCUUCCGCAAUCAUCUCAAGAUGAUCUGUGCCAAAUCAUUAGGCAGUGCUCACACGUUUGAGUUCAGUCCCUCCUGUCUCAUCUUCAUUCAUGCCAUAUCACCCAUUAUCAGUAUAGGCAAUGCUGUAGCUGCAUGGGUUGCGGCCGUCUUUUGGGUAUUCGCAAUCAUCAUGGGAAAUCCCGAUGGCACAGAAAAACGAGACGAUGGUCGGGCAACAGUCUUGGGAUUGCGUGACUGGUGGGAGAAAUGCCUGUUAUAUGCCAUAAGAGAGUAA